AUGUUUCCGAUUACCAUCGAGUUCGAGAACUUGUUGUGGUUUGGUGUUUCGAUCCAUCCCAAUUGGCGACUGAUUAGCGCACACAAGCUGUUCCAGAAUGAAGAUGUUCCCGAAGGGGACCCGCUGUGUGCAUCAGCGCCGCGACUCGAGAAAGAAGGACACAGCGAUCUCACUGCCGACGCAGCGAAGCGUUUAGCUUCCGCAGAGGCAAUACCGACGCGGGAGAUUAUUGAAGAUGUGCAACAACCCAAGUUCCCGUUUGUUUCCCUCGGCCAGGACCGUGACAAGAAUAGCAAGUCGAGCAUCUCAGCGAUCACUCUGUCUACGCCUGACUCGUCUGUACCUGACUGGACAGUACCGCACCCCAGAGGUGUUCUCUCGGAUCAUCUACAGUUUAUACGGGGCAUCGACUGGGCAAAUACACCAUUAGGAGCUAUGAACAGAUGGUCGAUCCAGUUCCGAGAGAUCGUCUGUUUGGUCAUGCGCAACCCUCACCCGUCUUCUGUCUUUUGGGGCGAGGACCUGACCAUGCUUUACAACGAGGCCUAUCGAGACGACGUGACGGGCGAUAAACAUCCGGCUUUGAUGGGAACCGGUUUCUCAGGCCCUUUCGAAGAAUUCUGGAUAAGAGUGCUGGAAGGCCUGAAUCACAACGAAUACGACGUACCCUUUGCGCUUCUAUAUACCGUUACCGAGGCAGACGACAUUGAGAAUGGUUCCUCGCAUUCAGAUGCAACUCCAACGUCUGUCAAGUCAUGCGUGUUCGAAGGAUCUAUCGGCGUGCCGAGAGGGCAUGAAGUGUCUCCCGACAAAUUCAGCUUCAAGAACUACGAUGGUAUCUUGACACCUGCUUUUCGAGCAGCUACGCAGACCCUGGAGCCUAGGAUGUUGAGCAUCAAAGACCAUACGCUUCCACAGCCACUGUUAGACAUCAUCGAAUGGCGCGGCUACAAGGAUCCUUGUAGAGAGGCAAUAGUUCUACCUCUACGGCCAACCAAUGCAGACAACGUGUGUGCCUUGUUACUAAUAGGCAUCAAUCCACGAAGGGCUUAUGAUCAUGAGUACAGGUCUUUCAUCGCCAUGCUCAAUAGACAGAUCGCCACGUCGUUGGCGUCAGUACUACUUUUCGAAGGUGAAGUGCGGCAAAGCAAAGAAGUCGCGGAGAUGGCUACCCUACAAAGAGAACAGAUGUCUCGACAGCUCCAACUUCAGACCGGACGAAUGCGCCGAAUGACCGAACUAUCGCCCAUGGGCAUGUAUCUAUUCAAUCCGGAUGGACUUUUAUUGGAGGCGAACGAGAAAUACUACGAGAUGACAGGUGUCUCACCUACAGGAACCAAACUACCUUGGACUAUUGAGAUGAUGGUGGGUGAGAGCAGGCAAGUGGCACAAGACAUGUGGAACUAUAUGAUAACUCACCAUAAGCCAGCAAGUCGUGAGCUACAAUUCGCCAAUUCGACAUUCCAGCCCCGAGAUAUCGACGGUUCACUAAUCGAAUAUUGGGUCCUCUCUGCUAGUCAGCCAGAGCUAAGCCCCGAUGGUGAGCUGAUCAGCAUCAUGGGCUCGCUCACGGACAUUUCGCAUUUGAAGUGGGCGCAGGGUCUGCAAGAACGAAGACUACGGGAGGCAGAAGAGGCGAAGCGUCAACAAACCGAAUUCAUCGACAUCACGUUCCGUCCUGAAAUACAAGCCAAGAACAUCGACUUCAAGUUCGUUCCGCAUCAGAGUAUCCGAGACCUCGAAAUUGACUGGGUCAUUCUUGAUCCAAGUCGACUCCUUCAAAUCAUCGUCAACCUUAUUACCAAUGCCAUCAAGUUCACUAUGGACGCACCAGUUCGCUCGAUCACAGUUCAUGUCUGUGCUCAUGCGGAAUCGCCAGACUUUGGCGUACCAGAAGGAUUCCAAUGUAAGUAG